AUGGAUUCUCGUGUAUGGUACUGUUUCGAAACAUGGGAAGGUGGUGUAAAGUACUUUUUGGAAAUAUGUGAAGGUGAACUUGUGGAUGAUCAAAUCCCAGAUGACUACGAAGGUGAAUUUAUUGAUGACAAUUGUUAUAAGGGUCAAUUUCGUUGUUGCCGUGGUUUGAUCGAUUGCCAGGAACCUGAUUCCAUCAAGUUGGCUGCACUAUUCGAGCAAAAACUGCUCCACCAGUCCUCCUCUUACACACCGUGUGGGCAGGAAGUCCCCGAAUUGGUCAUGGUCGAGAUUAAGUGUAACAUCGUCAACUUUACCGAGGCUUUGCUGAGAGAUGAACGCAACAUGAAUCGAAGAAAGUUCCUGAUUGUUGCGAAGUUUGGAGCAUUUAUGACAACGAGAUGUAACGAUGAUGAUGGUGAGCUAGAGGAGGAGAAGGAGGAGGAGGAGAAUAUAGUCGGAACAUUAUUUAUAACAAGAUAUAAUGAUUCUGUUGAUGAUGAUGAUGAUGAUGAUGAUGAUAUUGAGUUCGAGGAGGAGGAUGAGGAUAUGGAUGGAGACAUAUCAACGGAAGUUAACGAUCAAAUCGGGUUUGUUCCAGCUAGUAAGGCAAGCAUUGAAGCGUUGCAGAAUGUUUCUGGUUUGGACAACAACAGUGAAUGUGUUAUUUGCCUUGGAAGGAUAAAGGGGGAGGAAUUAGCUAAAAGCGUGCCAUGCGGUCAUGUAUACCAUGGAGACUGCAUUGUUCAAUGGCUGGAGACGAGUCAAUUGUGUCCAUUAUGUCGCUAUGCCAUGCCAAUUGAUGAAUCACAUUAA